UAUUUUAUAGAAUUUUAAAUAAAAAUAUAUAAGUAUGAAGAUAUCAACGAAAGGCAAGUAGCCAAUGAAAAGUUAGCAGAGAAGAAGCCAUGAUGUUCUGUGUACCUAAGGUCAUUCACAUAUUUCGAGAGAUUUUUAAUUAGCUCUUAUAAAAUAAUAAUAUUCGAAAGUAAUAAUCAUUAUUCAAUAUGACGAAAAAUUAUUCUAAAGAAACGUCAAUUCCUUCGAAAUUAAAGGGCACAAAUGAUCAUAAUGAAUUUUUGAAUCGAAUUACAAAGUCAUUGUAUUAUUUCGAAUUUCCAAUGACCGAUUGUCUCAGUUUUCCAGUUACUGAAAUGGCAGCAGAACUUUUUACUGGGGUGAAUCAUACGUUAGAACGAUUAGAUGUGGAAGAAGCAAGUAAAAUUUCUAGAAAUGCCUGCGUUUCUCCGUGUUCUUUGAUCUUAGCAUUAUUAUACUUAGAAAAAUUAAAAGAUUGCAAUCCAGAAUAUCUUCAACAAGUAGCACCUUCUAAACUGUUUCUUGUUUCUUUAAUGGUAGCUACUAAAUUCUUAAACGACGAUGGAGAAGAAGAUCAAGUUUUUAAUACAGAAUGGGCCUUAUCAAGCGAUUUAACCAUAUUGCAGAUAAAUCAAUUGGAGAAGGAAUUUUUAAAUGCUAUUGAUUGGUCUAUAUAUGUUCAAAAUCAAGAUUUUUGGAAAAGAUUACAAAAACUAGAAAAGGAUAUUGCUUAUAAAGAAGCUCAAAAACGUGGCUGGUUUUCUUAUACAGAAUUGAGCUGUCUCAUGGAUUCUGUUCAACUGCUAGCUCUUGUUUAUGAAUUUAUAAAUAUAUCAUCUGUAUGUUUAGUAGCAUAUGCUAUUGGAGUAGUCACUAUUUUGGGAUCUGCUAUAGUUACGAGUCAUUUGCCUGGUACACAACUUGGUUCAACGAUAUUGAGAAAUACUGAAAAUAUAACAAAUAUAAGCAUAGAUACAGAGAUAGAGAAAGAAAGGAUAAAUCAAGAUAUUGAGAUACCUGAUAUAUUUACAACAAUGGAUUUUAUACAUGCUACAAAAUCUUAUAAAACAUGUGAAAAAAAUGAAGUAGUAAGCAUAUCUUGGAAAUGUUGGAUACAUUCUAUGAAUACUUGGUUUCCUGACGAUACAUAUUUGAAAUCGCAACCAAUGAACCAUUUACACUUUACAGAUUAUAAUCCAUUUUCUACUAUAAGUAAAUUCAUACUUGAUACUAAUUCUUCUACGGAAUUAAUUUUACAAUGAAAAAGACUUGUAUUAGAAAUUUUUGGUUUAGAAAUUUCUUUUCUGACAAGCAAUGUCACAUAUAUUUUCUGUAAACAUUUAUGAAAAAAAAAAUUUUUUUCUACUUAAACUGCAGAUAAAGUUUAGAUAAUUUACUUAUAGAUUUUAUGAAAAUUAUAUAAAAAAAAAAA